GUCGGGACCGUCGCCGCCCAGGAGCAGCCCGCCCGCCGCCGCCGCCGCCUCCCGGAGAUGAGCGCCGGGCGCUGCCGGCCCUGCGCGCCGCCCUGAUCCCGCCUUCGCCCGCGGCGGCGGCCGGCCCGUUGCCAUGGUGGACCCGGUGGGCUUCGCCGAGGCGUGGCGCGCCCAGUUCAACGACGCGGAGCCGCCCGCGAUGGCGCUGCGCUCGGUGGGCGACAUCGAGGCGGAGCUGGAGCGCUGCAAGGCGUCGAUCCGCCGGCUGGAGCUGGAGGUGAACAAGGAGCGCUUCCGCAUGAUCUACCUGCAGACGCUGCUGGCCAAGGAGCGCAAGAGCUACGACCGGCAGCGGUGGGGCUUCCAGCGCGGCCCCGAGGCCGACGACGGCGACAGGCCCGCCCGCCCGCGCCCGCCCGCCCUGCGCAAGCUCUCCGCGCACAGCGACGGCGGCCCGGAGGCGGACGCCGCGCAGCCCGGCGAGGAGGAGCGCAGCAAGCCCGCCGCCGCCGCCUCCGGGGACGAGAAGCCCAGGGAGGAGGGCGCCGCCGCGGGCUCACCGGGCAAGGCGCGGCCGGCCCCCAGCAGCUGUCGCCGCCGCCUCCCCGCCGCCGCCGCCGCCUCGCUCGACCGGGACGGGACCGCCUUCGAGGCGGGCGGCCGGGAGCGCGGGCAGGGCGGCGGCGGCGGCGCGGGGCUGCUGCGCUCCGGCCUGGAGCGCGGGAGGAAGGCGCCCUCGUCGCCGCCCCCCUCGCGGCCGCCGGACGGCCGGGAGGCGGGCGAGAAGCCCUUCUACGUGAACCUGGAGUUCCACCGCGAGCGCGGCCUGGUGCGCGUCAACGACCGCGACGUCUCGGAGCGCCUGGGCGCGCUGGGCAGCCAGGCCAUGCAGCUGGAGGCGCGCAAGAAGCUGGCGGGGCCGCCGCGGGGCCGCUCGGCCGACGGCGCCUACGACGACGGGGGAGAGUACGAGGAUGCGGAGCUGAACGCGCGCUUCCUGAAGGACAACCUGCUGCUCGACGGCGCGGGGCGGCCCGCCUGGACGGCCGCCUCCCCCGCCGCCUUCCAGCCCUACCAGAGCGUCUUCGUGGGCGGCCCGGCGGGGGCGGCCGAGCCGCCGCUCACCUGGCCGCGCCGCUCCUACUCGCCGCGGGGCUUCGAGGACCUGGGCGGGGGCGGCGGCUACACGCCGGACUGCAGCUCGAACGAGAACCUGACGUCCAGCGAGGAGGACUUCUCGUCGGGCCCAUCGAGCCACGUGUCCCCCAGCCCCACCGCCUGCCGCCUCUCCCGCGAGAAGAGCCGCUCGCCCUCGCAGCACUCGCAGCAGUCCUUCGACAGCAGCGGCAGCCCCCCGACCCCGCAGGCCCCCAAGCGGCACCGGCAACACCCGCAGGGCGCCGGCCCCGAGGCCGCCGUCGGGGCGCCCAGGAAGAGCGCGCCACCCUGGCCCUGCGACGGGGAGCCGUCCCCCGGGAGGGCCGCCGCCGACGGCUGUUUCCAUGGCGACGCAGAGCUUUCCUUUGGUGGCCUCCCCCCAGGCUAUGCCUACGAUGUGGACAGAGCUGAAGAGCAGAGGCACCACCAUGACCUGAUGCCCUUCAUCGAUGACUCCCCCUCUUCUUCACCCCAUCUCAGCUCCAAGAGCCGAGGCAGUCGAGAUGGCUUCUCAUCGGGGUCCCUGGAGUCUACAAAAUCAAGUGAGCCAGACCUGGAAAAGGGUCUGGAGAUGAGGAAGUGGGUCCUGUCCGGGAUCCUGGCUAGUGAGGAAACCUACUUGGGUCACCUUGAGGCUCUCCUGCUGCCCAUGAAGCCUCUGAAGGCGGCUGCCACCACCUCCCAGCCGGUGCUGACCAGCCAGCAGAUCGAGACCAUCUUCUUCAAAGUGCCCGAGCUCUACGAGAUCCACAAGGACUUCUACGACGGGCUUUUCCCUCGGGUCCACCAGUGGAGCCACCAGCAGCGGGUGGGCGACCUCUUCCAGAAACUGGCCAGCCAGCUGGGCGUGUACCGGGCCUUCGUGGAUAACUAUGAGGUUGCCAUGGAGACGGCGGAGAAGUGUUGCCAAGCCAACGCGCAGUUUGCAGAAAUCUCGGAGAACCUCAGAGCCAGAGGCUCCAAGGAUGCAAGGGACCAGACAACAAAAAACUCCUUGGAAACUCUCCUCUACAAGCCGGUGGAUCGGGUCACACGCAGUACACUUGUGCUCCACGAUUUGCUGAAGCACACCCCGCCAGGCCACCCUGACUACCUGCUCCUGCAGGACGCCCUGCGCAUCUCCCAGAACUUCCUGUCCAGCAUCAACGAGGAGAUCACGCCCAGGAGGCACUCCAUGACUGUCCAGAAGGGGGAGCACCGGCAGCUUGUGAAGGACAGCUUCAUGGUGGAGCUGGUGGAGGGAUCUCGGAAGCUGCGUCAUGUCUUUCUCUUCACGGACCUGUUCCUCUGUGCCAAGCUUAAAAAGCAGAUCGGAGGAAAAAGCCAGCAGUAUGACUGUAAGUGGUACAUCCCCCUCUCAGAUCUCAGCUUCCAGAUGGUAGAUGACUCAGAGACGAUGCCAAACAUCUCCCUUGUGCCAGACGAGGAGCUGGAUGCCAUGAAAAUCAAGAUCUCCCAACUCAAGAGUGACAUCCAACGUGAAAAGAAAGCUAACAAGGGAAGCAAGAACUUGGAGAGGUUGAAGAAGAAGCUGUCUGAACAGGAGUCCCUGCUUCUCUUGAUGUCUCCUAACAUGGCCUUCCGAGUGCACAAUCGCAAUGGCAAAAGCUACACCUUCCUCAUCUCCUCGGAUUACGAACGGGCUGAAUGGCGAGAGAUCGUCCGAGAGCAGCAGAAGAAAUGCUUCAAAAGCUUUUCGCUGACAUCGGUGGAACUCCAGAUGCUAACAAAUUCUUGUGUGAAGCUUCAGACGGUGCAUCACAUUCCCCUCACAAUUAACAAAGAAGAUGACGAACCCUCCGGCCUCUGUGGGUUCCUGAACGUGAUUGUCCAUUCCGCCACUGGCUUCAAGCAGAGCUCAAGCUUGUACUGCACCCUUGAAGUGGAUUCCUUCGGGUACUUUGUGAACAAGGCCAAAACGAGGGUUUACAGAGACACCGCAGAGCCCAACUGGAAUGAGGAGUUUGAGAUCGAGCUGGAGGGAUCCCAGACGCUGCGGAUCCUGUGCUACGAGAAGAGCUACCACAAGAGCAAAGAAGAUGGCGAGACCACGGACCGCAUUGUGGGCAAAGGCCAAAUCCAGCUGGAUCCCCAAAGCUUGCAAGAGAAAGACUGGCAACGCACCGUCAUCUUCAUGAACGGGGUCGAAGUGAAGCUCUCCGUGAAGUUCACAAGCAGAGAGUUCAGUCUAAAGAGGAUGCCGUCUCGAAAACAAACGGGAGUAUUUGGAGUAAAGAUUGGGGUUGUCACCAAGAGGGAGCGAUCCAAGGUGCCUUACAUCGUGCGCCAGUGUGUGGAGGAGAUUGAACGUCGGGGCAUGGAAGAGGUGGGCAUUUACCGGGUCUCUGGAGUUGCCACUGAUAUCCAGGCUCUGAAAGCUGCUUUUGAUAUCAAUAACAAAGACGUCUCCGUCAUGAUGAGCGAGAUGGACGUGAACGCGAUUGCGGGAACACUCAAACUCUACUUUAGGGAGCUGCCAGAGCCUCUCUUCACAGACGAACUCUACCCCAACUUUGCUGAAGGCAUCGCGCUCUCUGACCCCGUCGCAAAAGAAAGCUGCAUGCUGAACUUGCUGCUUUCGCUCCCGGAGCCCAACCUGGUCACCUUCCUCUUUCUCCUGGAUCAUUUGAAAAGAGUUGCUGAAAAGGAGAACAUCAACAAGAUGUCACUUCACAACCUGGCCACCGUUUUUGGACCAACGUUACUCAGACCGUCAGAAAAGGACAGCAAAAUUCCUGCCAAUCCAAUGCAACCCAUCGCCUUGACUGACAGCUGGUCACUCGAAGUCAUGUCCCAGGUUCAGGUUCUCCUCUAUUUCCUGCAACUGGAGACGAUUCCCACUCCGGACAGCAAGAGGCAGAGCAUCCUCUUCUCCACUGAGGUGUAGAAGCCAGCUCAGCCGAGGAGGAGGAGGAAGAGGAGGAGGCUGGCGGUAUUUGCUCCAUCUGCCCCUCUGGCGUUCCAGCCUUUCCGUAUCCUUCAGGAGGGGAGGAAGGCCCCCUCCCUCCCCCUCCCUCUGCUGACCCAGAAGCCCUCGGAGGAAGCUGAUUUUCUUCAGAGGAAGAUUCCUUUCACCAGAUCAGGAAAAGAACGGAGGAAAGCAAACUGUCUUGGGAAGGAAUGUGCCCGAAGGAAUUCCUGGGAGGAUUCCGUUGCAGUGGAAUCCAUGUUACGUUUGGGAAGCUCUGGGAGUCUUUUCUUCUUGGGCACCUUUGAAGAGCAGAAGGUUUUUCCUUUUAUGGCCACUGUUGUGGAUUCUCAUGGAGUGCCGCAAGGAUGUUCACGCAUCAUGGCCACUACUUGCAAAUUUAAACCUCGAUUUAAACAAGUUUCUUUUUAAUAAAUAAGUAAAUUAGGAGCUUCAUGCACAAUCAGGACAUUUUUUUAAAAAAGCUUUUCCUUGCCUUUUUUCCUUUGACUUUCUUUUGGUGGAAGGUUUUACCGAAGAUGCACCAUCUAAUCGCUUAGAGAACAAAGGCCGGAGACUGGAAGAGAAGGGGGUGAUGGCCAGCUCUUAAGGCCUUCUCCUUUUUCUGUGGACCCCCAAAAAUGGGAGGUGUGUGGAGAAGUUGAGGGGGUCUUCAGGCAUUCUAAAGACCAGAGAAGAUAAUCUGCAAAAUCGCCCCUUUCAUAAACAAGGACCUCAUGCCCAGUUUUCUCCCCGACUGCAGCAACAUAAAGGUCUAUGGUGGGUUUCUCCGCAGUUGGCCCCAAGCCGGCCUCCCCCCCCCCCAAGCAGCUAAACAUUCCUCUGAUCCGCUGGCGGGAAUUGGGAGGGCAGGAUUGGGCCUCUCUGCUCUUUCUUGGUUGGGACUUUGGAAAGACUUUGCUUAUGGAAAAUAUUUUUUUCACUGCCACCCUGUUUUUGCUGGGAAAGAGAAAUGUUUUGAUAAGAUGUUUUAAUAACUUGUACAAUGAUGAUUGAGGGAGCAUUUUAUAUUUUUCAGAAAUUCCAACAGUUUGUUUUAAGAUUGAACAGGGAUCGUUUGUGAAUUGUAAUGCUGGAAAAUAAGCAGCACUGGCAGUCAGAAACAGGGAUUAAGCCCAGAGUUCUUGCAUAGGAAGGGAUCUCUCUUUAUGUUUCAUAUGGACAGAAAAAAUGUCCUUAUCUGUCCCAUACAAUCAUACCACAUAAGUUUUAUCCUGUUAAUUCAAAGCCACUUUUACCGGGAUGUUCAGAAGUGGCUUGGAAGGCUAAAACGUUCAACUCUGACUAACUGGUGAGAGACCAGGAAGCUAAACUGAAAUUCUGAUUUUGUUCAGAGACGUUAUGAAUAGGGACUGAGAAGCUUUCCCCACGGUUUCCCAUACUUUGGGCAAGUAACGGCAUUCUGCUUGUUAAAGGGGGCUAAAAAUCACUACAGAAGCAUGAGCCUCCAUAGCUGCUCUGAUCCUUGAGUUAAAAUUCAGCUAUCUUAACACUGGGAAAUAACCCAUCACGGGAGUGGCCAGCUUGUGGUGUCUGACUCUCACAGCAUUUCUCAUACCAGAAAAUAUUUAAAUAAGGAUUCCAUAUUGCUUUUUCCUCCCAGAAGUGUAGAAGUUAGAACUCUGUUCUGAUGUCCUAGUUUGGAUGGUGAUGUACCUAGGUUUAUGAAGAUGAAAUACAUAGGCCUUUUGCAGACAUGCCCAUAUAUUUGUUCCUUAGUCAUCCUUUGUUAAAACUGGAGUUUUUUCUCCCAACUUUCUACCACAGAAAGGGGCUUUCAGACAUGGAGGAUCAAGCUGUCUGUGGCUUUGAGUCACCUCCAGGGUCAAAAAGCAGCAUCUAUCUGUGUCAGUUGAAGAAGAAGGUUCAUCCACAGAAGGCACCUCAGUGAAUUAAGAGUUCUAAAUAGGAGAGUCAUUUAUGUAAGGUUUUUUUAAAAAUGAAGCUAAAUGUGAUCAUAUUAUUACUAUUAUUUGAGGCAGCAAAUAUUCAAUAGCCCUAUAACGAAAGUCUAGACUGAAGCUUCUUCAUUCCAUCAACCAGCCAUAUAUUUAUUCUUCUAAGGCAGGGGUCUUCAAACUUGGCCCUUUUAUGACUUGUGGACUUCAACUCCCAGAAUUCCUCAGCCAGCGUGUCUGACUGAGGCAUUCUGGGAGUUGAAGUCCACAAGUCAUAAAAGGGCCAGGUUUGAACACCCCUGUUCUAAGGCAACUGUUGUAGGUUAUUCCAUUAUGAAGAGACAGAGGAAAGGUUGUGAGGACAUAAAGUAUUUAUAUACCAGGUUGGUUCAUCAGAACUGAAGGAUCCCCAGUUGUCAUCUAGCAGAGAAAAGGAUGAUUCAAGGCCACAUGUUGGCCCAGGAGUUUCCUACACCUUGCCUGCAGUGUUACCCUUUUCUGCUCAACCUUGCUCAAGGUUAAGCAUCAGCUAUUCACCCACAGAAUAAAGGGGAAUCCUCCCCAAAUUCCCUAGAGUCCCAAAGAAGUAUUUGGACUACAAUGGAAGGAAUAUACCUUUCUCUCUGUUCUGAAUCCUCAAACAAGUAUUGUAGGUUCUCCUGUCCUCCUUACAAGGUCCAGUAGUAUCAAAUUAACAGCUGGCCUAAUGGGGUUGUAGAGAUUGGGAGCAUUAAUAAAGCUCACUCGAGUCACUUAAGAGUCAUAACAGGUUUAAGGAAGGCCACAGUGUUGUUUUGUGAACUUGAGGCAUGUCUUGAAAAUUAAAGUUUUAAGGGCUUUUAUUUAUUUAUUUUUAUUGAUUCCUUUAAGCCAAGGGUAUCAAACUGCCGGCCCCAUCAUACCGAAGCUGCGCCCACCCCAUUGCAGGAAAUGCAAAGAGUCGCAAUAUGUUGCGACACGUCACGUGAUGUGGCGAGUUUGACACCCGUGCUUUAAGCAGCACGAUUGCUGAAUGACUGCAGUUUCCUCCUUGCAUUGUUAUUGCAUAUUCAGAGCUGCAGGAAUUGGCAAAGCCAUCCCACCGAGGGAAAUGGACCAAUCCAUUCUGCUUGUCUGCCCUUUCUGGCAUUUUUUAUUUAUAUAUAAUUCUGCUAGUAUUGAGUUGAUGAACCUAGAUCAGUGAUGGCGAACCUUUUAGAGACCCAGUGCCCAAACUGCAACCCAAAACCCACUUAUUUAUCACCGGGUGCCAAGUGGGCAUGGUUGCGGUGGACAUGGCAGACUGGGUGGGUGGGGCCAGGGCAGCGGGGGCCAUUCCCUCGCCAUCUCCGGGGCAUAGCACACAUGCCCACAGAGAGGGCUCUGUGUGCCGCCUCUGGAACGCGUGCCAUAGGUUCGCCACCACUGACCUAGAUAAAAGGGAGACAGUGUGUGUUGGUGAUCUGCAAGAGGAUUGCUUUGAUAUCCAGGCAAAUUUUACAUGCAGGCAUGUAGGUAUGGAAGAGAUUGUAUAAUUUAAGCAUUAAUUUCAGUUUUAAUUAUAAACCUAUGCUUUUCUGAAAAGUGAUAAUCUUGUGCUUCAGAAAUGAAUGCCUCAAAUGGAACUGAGCUCAUUUUCUUUCCAAGAAGUAGCAACAUCAAAUCCCUCAAGUUCUUCCAAUCCCUUCUAUUUUUCUAUUUUUCUUUGUGAAGUGGCUCCAAGAAUAAUUUUCCUUGACCCCGCUUUACUUUAAAACAGCCAGUGGCUGUAUUUGUACAAAACACUGAAUUGCAAAAUAGCUGACUUAUGCUUUAAUCUUACAUGAAUGAACAACGCACAACCUCUGGCUGUUGCUGAAUGACUUCCUGCUGGAGAUACAGCCCCAACACCUGGAAGAUGUUGCAGAUGAUGCAAUUUUGUGCCAAUCCAGCCAAUGGGAUUAGUUUGUGGUUCAGUGUGUUAUGUAAACCUAGGAAACUGGUUUGAAUAAACCACAAUUAAAUUAACAUUAAA